AUGUUGAAUCAGUCUCCAGGUUUUGUGUUUCAUCAAAAAUACAUCCAGGGCCAGGUGCCAGCAAUGACGGAAGUUUUGAAACAAACGAUAACAAACAAAGAACAAUCGAAAGCAUUGGGUCCGAAACUCAAAAGUCACCCCAACGUAAAUCGGCUAUUAGUCGGGAACAGAGACGGAACAAACAACAAGGUUUUCGGAACAAACAAGAACAAACGAAGACCAAUCGGAAGCCCCGGAUUUGAUUCCAAAAUUCGAAAGUGA